CUAGCGUUGCAGUAAUCUCAGGCUCCCCGCACAUUAACACACGGUCACACACUGCUACCACAGCCACGAUUCUCAGGUGAUCACCGUAGCAAGCAAGCGAAGAUGGUGCACGCCGCGACGACCGAGCGCUUCAGCAGCGUGUUUGCCUCCUUCGACCGCGACGCCGACGGGAGGAUCUCGGCGGCGGAGCUGCGGCUGUGCAUGAAGGCGGCGCUGGGCGAGGAUGUGUCGGUGGAGGACGGCGAGGCGCUCGUGGCGUUGGCCGACACCGACAGAGACCAGUUGCUGGACGAGCAGGAGUUCCUCCGGCUGGUGGCGCCGCCGGAACCAGAGGAAGAGGAGGAGCGGUGCCGGGGGCUGAGGGAGGCGUUCGCGAUGUACGAGGUGAAGGGCGAAGGGUGCAUCACGCCGGCGAGCCUGAUGCGGAUGCUCGCCAGGCUAGGGUCCGAGCAGGGCAUCGAGGAGUGCCGCGCCAUGAUCCGCAGGUUUGACCUGAAUGGAGAUGGAGUGGUUUGCUUCGACGAGUUCAAGGUCAUGAUGGAUGCCUAGCAGCUUUUUG